UCCGCCACCGCCCACCCGUUCCUCUCCGCCGCCGCGGCCGGCACCCUCCCCAAACCGCGGCUCUCGGCCUGGCUCGCCCAAGACCGCCUGUACAUCCACGCCUACAUCCGGUUCAUCGGGGCGCUGCUCGCCAAGCUCCACCUUCCCCUCCCGCUGGCCCUGCCGCAGGCCAACAGCCCCCAAAACACCAACACCAAUACCAACGCCCCCGAAACCCUCGAAUCCCAAACCCUCCACACCCUCACCGGCGCCCUGACCAACAUCGUCCGCGAACUGGACUUCUUCCUCGCCGUCGCUGACGAGUACGCGCUGGAUCUGCAGGCGCCGUACCGGAAGCCUGAGGCCGGCGAGGCAGAAGCACCAGCCGGCAACGUCACCGCCUCGCCCAUCACAACAGCAUACACGGAUCUCUUCGUCUCCGCGGGGUCGGCGGGCACGUCCCUGCUGGAGGGGUUGGUCGUGCUCUGGGCGACGGAGGUGUGUUACCUGACGGUGUGGCGGAAUGUGCGGGAGGCGAUGGGACAGCACAACGGUGAAGAUGCGGAUGGGGGUGCGCUGCGCGAGAAGCUGAUUCCCAAUUGGACGUGUGCCGAGUUCGAGGAGUUCGUGGCGGGGAUCACGCGGCUGGUCGACGCGGUGGCGGAGCGGGAGGUCGAGAGUUCUGCAUCCCCGACGGCGAGGGCGGAGGUCGUCGAGCGGUGUGCGCGGUGGUGGAGGCAGGUCGUUUGGUUGGAGGGGCAGUUUUGGCCGGAGAUCUAA